GUUGGUUUCCAAUCCGCCAAUAAACACAAACCAGAAGCUCCUCUAGCUUUGUCGGUCUCUUUAAACUAAAGAAGACACAUAUUCCAGCGUGCACCAGGUCUAUUGCUGCUGUGGCCGACGCCACCAAACAAAGCAGACUAGAUACUGCAGGUGAGUUUUUCGGCAGUGAGGCAGCCAUCGUGUGGCCUUCACCCACUCCAGGAUGAGCGGCCUGCGGACCAUCCUGAGCUCCACUGCGAUGGUCGCUAUGUUGGGGGUCGGUUAUGGGAUGUGGUGUGUGAUAGCGCCAGGAGAGGACAGGCGGAGAGAGCUCAUCAAGAAUCUGCCUGAAUCGAACCCAAUGAGAAUGGAAGAGACGAGAAAGAGGAACGCUCUGGUGAUGCAGGCACUCAAGGAAGCUGCUGAAACUAACGACAACAUUGCAAGAGGGCUCGGAGGAUCUGCGAAAUAGGCCCCUGUGUGUGACCUGUUUGCAAAGUCUCCAUGUACUGAAUGCUGCUGGAAUGCAGGGCCACGAUUUGUUCAAAUAAAGAUGAACAUAGUAUUAUUCUA